CCCUGGCGACUUCUCACGUAGUGGUGGCCGUACAGGUGGAUGCUCCUAUAUCACCGCCAUCUUCCUUCCUCCUUUCUUCUUCUUAGUAUCUCUCUCGCAGAGACGAUCCUGACACACUAACUUCUCUAACUGACGGGGCAUGAGAGAGAUACAGCAAGCAGAGCCCACAGAUACUCUUUGUGCAGCAGAGACUAGAGCUGGCUCACUGGAUUUGUCUCUUCUUUUCUCCCUUAUCUCGGAUUUCUCGCCAGAGUUGGAUCCAUCUUGAAGAUCUUCCCUCUUCAAAUCCAAUAUUUUUUCCCAGAUGGGGUCUGUAGAGAAGGUAGACCUUGAUUUUGAUGAGGAGGUCCCUUUUAGCUCCUCAACAAACCCGGGGAAAGUCCAUGCUUUUCAAUCUGAGACAACUAAUAAUAUGCUUUCUUCCGUAAAUUUGGCCAGCUCAUCCAUCUUCAAGCAAGUGGGGAUAAAACCCAUCAGGAGCAUAUACAUUGUCUUAAUUAAAGCGAAGAUCAACAUGUUGCUACCUUUUGGUCCCUUAGCCAUAUUGCUACAUUAUCUAACAGGAAAACAUGGAUGGGUGUUCUUCUUCGCCUUACUGGGUAUUACUCCUCUGGCGGAACGUCUGGGUUAUGCUACUGAGCAGCUUGCAUUUUUCACAGGACCAACAGUUGGGGGUUUGCUAAAUGCCACAUUUGGAAAUGCAACUGAAAUGAUUAUAUCAAUUUAUGCUUUGAAAAAUGGGAUGAUUAGGGUUGUUCAGCAAUCUUUACUGGGUUCAAUCUUGUCAAAUAUGCUUCUUGUUCUGGGAUGUGCAUUCUUUACCGGUGGGAUUGUCCACUACGAAAAGGUUCAGGUUUUUGACAAGGCACCUGCUGUUGUGAAUUCGGGAUUGCUAUUGAUGGCUGUAAUGGGAAUACUGUUCCCUGCCGUCCUUCACUUUACUCACUCAGAGGUUCACUUUGGCAAGUCAGAGCUUGCUCUAUCCAGAUUUAGUAGCUGUAUAAUGCUAAUAGCAUAUGCUAGCUACCUUUUCUUUCAACUAAGAAGUCAUCACAAUAAUUAUAGUUCACUUGAAGAGGAAGGAGAUGGUAAUGAAAAUCCUGAUGAGGAAGAAGAAUGUGAAUUAACAAAAUGGGAGGCGAUAGGCUGGCUUGCUAUUUUGACAGCAUGGGUUUCUAUUUUGUCUGGAUAUCUUGUUGAUGCCAUAGAGGGGGCAUCUGAGUCAUGGAAUAUACCAGUGGCAUUUAUAAGUGUCAUAUUGCUUCCAAUUGUAGGAAAUGCUGCAGAGCACGCAAGUGCUAUCAUGUUUGCCAUGAAGGACAAGCUUGAUAUUACACUUGGAGUUGCUAUUGGAUCAUCUACUCAGAUAUCUAUGUUUGUGAUCCCCUUUUGUGUGGUAGUUGGGUGGUGCAUGGGAAAACCAAUGGACUUGAAUUUCCAACUCUUUGAGACUGCUACACUUUUCAUCACCGUGCUUGUUGUCGCAUUUAUGUCGCAGGAUGGGACCUCUAAUUAUUUUAAAGGCUUGAUGCUUAUUCUAUGCUAUCUCAUUGUUGCGGCCAGUUUCUUCGUACACAUGGACCCCAAAAACUCCAAAAACACAUUCGCUGACAUUGUGCUUGCGGAAUCUGCCAACAGGUGA